AUGAGUGACCUCAAUAUGGAGGCGUUCUUGGACGAAAGACUGCACGAUAUUGACGAGUUCAUUCAGUCUGAGCUUGGAUUCGCUCCUUUGAGUGUCACAGAACCAUUUAAUGGAGAAGAAGUACAUAGUCUGAGCUCCACGUUUGGUGCACCUGAUGCUUUGCUCCUCGAACAUUUGCAGGGUAAAGAUAAGUUGAUUAAUUUCUGUCGUAAAUGCAGUGAGGGAUGAUGAUAUGUUAGUACAAAUGGUGAACAUGCUCUAAGCGAGUUGGAAAAUGUGUUAUCGUUACCCUCGUUAUUUACGUUGCUAUGAGUCAUUUUUUCCCCCAAGUUUGAACGCUAACCCAAAGCACUAAAUCCAUAGGCGGAAUUCCUUGUUCAGGCGUGAGUUUUCAAGAUAAAGAACGAAGUCAAUCGCUAACACUUCGCAGUUGUCAUCGUGUAUGAUCACUCUCCCACCCUUGGACCAUGACAGAUCUCAAAGUUAUUUGAAAAUUUUCAUUCUGAUUCAUUUCUUGAAGACGAGCCAGCCAGCUUGACGGCCAGUACACACAUGGGAAGCCAAGCUCUUGAAGUAGAGGUAGAUAUUCAGAUAAUGGAUCUGAAAGAUGUUUACGACAAAAAGACUAAGAAAACCAACGAGGGCCAUUUAGAAUAUACCUUAAUGGACUCAAAAGUGUCCGUGGCGAUUCGAGCAUCUGAUGAUAUCACAGGUCUUAAGGCCUACACUCGAAGGUGUGCUGAGGCUGCGAUCAAGACACGCGAUACUACAGGUGAGAUGUGAAUCCCAAAAUACGUGAAACACUGUCCUGUAAAUGAGAAUGGAUUGGCACUGUAACUGUGAAGGUAAAGUUUUGUUCUAGUCUGGAUUAGGCAACCAGUACUGAUGUCUUGAGCAAUUGCUGAGCCUGUAGGUCCACUGGAGUUAUAAAAGUAAAAACCUAUACAAGGAGAUGCUGCGUUCGACAGUUUAAGUUAAUUUGGUUCAUGUCUCGCCUGGCUCAUUGACCAAAUGUUUGAAUCUGUAGGUCCAGUGGAGUUAGAAGUACACGUUACACAAAGCGAGGCAAAGUGCCACCUUGCCACAGUUGAUCUUGGGUCGGUGUACAAAACACACGAAGGUGAUUCAGUCUAUAGGCUGGAAAAGGCAGAUGUAGUUCAUCGAAACAAAUGGGAACUGGUAAUAGCCAUGGAAUUUAAGUCGGGCUUGAGGGGAGUUGUGAAGUCAAGGCCAUUCAGAGUUACAACUAAGGCAAGCUACAAAAUGAAGAGGGAUGGAGUUGGUUAGUAAUUGUAUAAUUCAUGGGGCAAAGUAUUGUUGUAUUUUAUGCCUUAGUACUACACUUUUUGGCGUUAGACACUUUGUCGACAUCCAGCUGAGAGCUUUAGAUCGUUACGAUAUUUUCAAUAUUUGAUGUAAUAGAAGAGUCUUUGUAAGGUCGUAAUUGAGCUCUCUUGUGAGGUAUGGUUUUGGACCAGCGACAUCAGUUGGGAAGAAAUUUUCUGAUCACCGGUAAUGGCCAGCUUCUGGUGAUGUUCAUUAUUGAAUUUGUAUAACGGUUUCUCUUAUAGAUAACUGUUUACCUAACAGUGGUAACAUGCAAAGGAUUAUUCGAAAGUUUAAGUGGUCUGACAUCAAAGAAGUAACUGAGCUGUCUGGAAGAAGCAUGCAUCCACCUUAUCGUGGAACGAGACAGGGUCAGUUGUCGAAUACCUUGUUUAUAUUUGAAUCUCCUUUUUGAUUAAAAGGAUUAUUAAAAAGUAGAUGUCAAUAUAAUUUUGUAGGCGAUGUUUCGAAAAAUAAGUGAAGAAAAAAUCAGACAAAAGGUGACAAGUAUCAUAAAUUUAAGAACUAUAAUUUGUUUCGUAUCAUUAAAAGCGAAACGAUCUACUAACUUUUAAGAGGAAUUGUUUUUCUUGACUUCUUUUUAGCACAUAUUGCAGUUCAAUAUGUACUCUUAAGAGGUUAAACAUUGGCGCAAAUGAUGGCUUGGAGUCUAGCUAAAUAUAAAUCACAUGGUGUAGAUAACGUCUGUCGUAAAUAGAUAAGGCGAAUCAUCAAUACUGCACUAAAAAUUUCCUAGAAUGGCUUUAUUAAGUUUAAAAAAUUAGUUAUUUUGGAUGUCAAGGUAAAAAAAAAAACCAUAUUUCGUAAGAAAAGAAAGUUAAGCCCCAAUCUAUGGGGAGAUGUCGAUCAGAAUUCAUUUGUUACUAAAUCUUGAACUUCCGGUCUUAUCCGGUCAAUUGCGAAACUUUAAAAGGUCACGUUUACCUUUUUCUAAUUUUAUAGUGUUUGAGAAGUCAUCAAAGUUUAUUUUUCUCAACUCCAAUACAUGUACAAUAGUAUCACCUUUCGUGUACGAUAUAUAAUGCAUUUCAAUACAUUGAUCAAAGUGCACUAACUUGAUAAGCCAACGUAUAGUUAUCUUCAAACUCUCACUCAUGCUAUAACUAGUGUUCUACUUAAAAGUGUUUAUGUCUCUAAGAAAUUAUCCAUCUGCAGUUUCUUUAACUCACCUCUUUCAUGGUUGCUACAAGUCAGGAAAAAGUCAGGGAAUGUGAAUUUUUGCAAGUUCAGGGGAAAAUCAGGGAAUUUCACUUCGAAUCAGGGAAAGUUUGCAUUUUUAAAAGAAGGCAGGGAAAUGUGAAGUUUUAAGAAAAUAAGAUGUUAAUUCAUCUUUUCAUGAUGAAAGAGGGUGGCACUUUCCUAUUUUUGAUGUCGAUGAUACCCAUUGUUUAAUACAGUUGACCAAUUCCUGACCAGCUAAGCCAUUGAUAUUAUUUGGUUUUAUCAACGGAGUUGUUAAUGUAAAUUUGCCACAUUAUAUUUGCAAUACCCCCACAAACAUGAAAAGUGCUGGAUUCGUAUUAUCAUUUUUUUUUAUUAAUUAAAUUGAACUACAAGCUGAUGUUGGGUCUCCAAAAAAAAAAUUCCUCCUACAAAAUUACCUUAAAGAGCCACCAGUUUAGGUACACUGUAUGUGACUUGCUGAAAGCACAAAGCUAUGGGUGGAGAGGAUGUCAGUGAGUAGGGGUUGAAUGCCAUCAGUUAUCAGGACUAAUUUGCGAAAUCGUUAAUUCAGUUUGUCGGGGAAAUGCUACUUUUGUCAGGGAAAAGACAAGGAGUUAAAAAUCCUGUAACUGGGGCAGUCAUGGCUUUUUAGAAGCCGAUUAAAUAGUAAAUAAUUUUAUGUAUUUUCACUUAGAAUAUCUGGAUCGCGACGCCUUGAAUCGAGAUUUUGUGCAAUUUACUCUAGAGGAAGAUGAUGUUUUUACAGCACAGCACACGUUUGCUGAGAGUUUUAUGUCUCAGGAUUCUAACCAUACAUCCAGACGUAUUACUGCAGCGAAGAUCUUGCUCCGAACUAACACAGCCUUAGAUACGCGUGCGGUAAGUUUAAACUGCCUCACCUUUGUUAUGGUUUUACUUGACAUGGUAUCCUAAAUGUAAAAUUAUACCUCAGGAGUCAAAACCUAUAUGAAAACUGUAAUUGAGGCCUUGUAGCAGGCGAUAUUUGAAGCAUAAUCUGCAAACCCUGCAGUUCAGGUCGCUGAAAAUGUGACUGAGUAGAAAUGUAUAGAAGUAAUAUGGUGGUAUUCAUAGUGGUAUACAUCAAGGAUACCAUUAUCUCUAAGUUUGGUUCCUACAUGCAGGUAUCUUUAAAAGUAUAGGUUAGAGCUCUUACUUUUCUAUAAAAGUUUUUUAAUUCUAUUGAUCAUAUAGGCAUGAAUAAUCUCUAAAUUUCUUAGCCUAUUACCAAAAUUGUUUGGAUUAAAAAUCUAGAAUAUAAAAGUAGGGCAUUAUUUUUUAUUUUAGUAUUGUUUCCAUGUUCUCCACACUUCGCUUCAAUACUGUGUUAUCAACUGUGAAACUGAAGAAUAUGGAGAUUUUUGUCCUUUUUUUGAUAUGAAACAUUCCAGAAAGACAUUUCUUGACAUGCUGAUUGCAAUUCGGUGAUGCAGAAUGGGGGUUACAGGACUGGUUUUUGAGUUACAGAACUGUCGUGUCGCUAGGAAAGCUUUUAUUGUAAUUAUCACAUCCUUUUUAGAAAUAAUUAAGCAUCUUUUUUAACAAUGUCAAAGAAAAAAAAAUUUAAAAACUGUGGAAGCCACGUUUCAACAAGGAACUAAACUAUUUUGAAGUACCUUUACAGUUUUAUGACAAUUGAUAGCAAUUCCAGCCAUGCGAUCCGAAAAAAAUACCUCAAUAUGUUUCGACAUAUAUCCACUAAAUGGCUAAGUUCAUUUCAUUUCAGGUCAGCGCGUAUUAUAGUCAUAAUCCAAAGAUUGACUACGUUGUAGAGGAGCUUGACACUCUUGGUUUGUUGAAAUUGGUGAGAAAGCAGCCAACACCUGUCCAACCACAUGGAAAAGGAAGAAGACUCAAAAGUUCUGAAGGCGAAUUCUGGUGGGCUUGUGGAUAUUGCUUCUUCGAACGUCGCAAGAAGUCGACCAUAAAAGCUCACAUUAUGCAGAGGGUUUGCCAAAAGCCAUUAGCAAUCAAAUCGCCAUAUAAAAGGAAAAUGAGACGACAGCUCAGUCACGGAGACUUAGAGGAACAUGAGUUAGAUGGAUAUUCGUGGAAAGCCUCGCUAUCCGUUUAA